UGGCUAUAUGUGCUGAGUCCUGAUCGCGAUACGAGAGAGGACAAGGUUGACAUCUUUCUUAUCUACAUCCCGUUUCGGCACGCCGAGAUCCUACCACUAGCUGCCGUUGGCUGCAUCGGACUGAGACCUUCGCCGUGAUGGAUCGGGCUCACGGCGAGAGGAUUCACAUUUUUACCUCAUUGCCCAGCUAGAUUGAGGCAUUAUAUAUUUCCUGAAAAUAGCCUCAGCCCAGUCUGCUCUCGCUCAGCCAACAACUGAAAUAUUUCCCAUUCCUGCCUUCCACUUCCCCCUCUUUGCAGGAGAGCAGAGCAGCUCCUGAUACCCAUAAUUCGCCCUCUUCAAUCAUGGCUGCCGAUCUCGAAAGACGCCUCCAGGAGCUGGUCGACAUCAAGAAAAUCCCCAACGCCAUCCUCUACGCAUGUGACGCCACAGGCGACUUCUCAUAUUACAGUGUGUUUGGUUCCUCAUCUCCCGUCCCUGGCUCGCCGCCCCUCACGGAAGAUGUCUACCUGUGGGCUGCCUCAUCCACAAAGCUCUACGUCAGCAUCGCUGUCAUGAAGCUAGUUGAGGAGGGCCGCCUCAACCUCGACGACACAGUCGACGCCGUACUCCCUGAGCUUGCGGGGCUCAAGAUCCUCACCAACAAGCAGCCGCCCUGGGAGUACAAGGACCCGGAGACCAAGAUCACGUACCGCUCGCUCCUCGCGCACACGUCCGGGCUCACGUAUUUCUUUCACCACCCGCACAUGAUCGCCUGGAAGAUGCAGCACCCUACCACCGGCGGUGAUGUCCCGAGUCGGUUCGGGUACCCGCUCAACUACGAGCCAGGGACGGGGUGGGAGUACUCGUGCGGCAUCGACUGGGCUGGUCUGGCAGUUGAAAGGAUCGCCGGCACAACUCUCUGCGAGUAUCUACACCAGAUUCUCGGGCCUGCCGGUGUGGCGCCCGAGGACAUCACCUUUUAUCCUCGGGACCUGCCCGCCUCCGAGCCUGUGGCGACCAUGGCGCAGCGCGCAGAGGACGGCAGCGUCACGGCUGGCGACCAGGGGAUCCCACCCCUGCCGGCCAAAGGUGAGAACUUCUGCUACGGUGGCCACGGCGGAUUCGUGCGCCGCGGCGCGCCGAUGAAGGUGCUGCGAAGUCUGCUGGCCGACGACGGCAAGAUCUUGGGGACCGCGGCCGCGGCGGAGAUGCUGAGGCCGCAGCUCAGCCCCUCGCAGAAGGACUCGAUCAACAACGGCCUCAUGUACACUGUCCCGGCGUUCGUGCGAACCGCGGCCCGCGAGGUGAAGAGGGGCACGAUGGAUCACUCGCUUUGCGGGAACGUGGAUGUUGAGGGCCAGGCCUGGGGAAGAGGGAAAGGCACUGUCAUGUGGGGCGGUGCGCCGAAUAUCAAAUGGUUUCUUGACCGAGAGAAAGGCCUCUGCGGGUUCUUUGGAGCGGCGCUGCUGCCCAGUGGUGAUCCGACUUAUGUUGACAUCGAGCUCGAGUUCGAGAAGGCGGUUUACGAGUUGGCUGGCAAGGUUGCCCCGGCGAGCUGAGCCUUGAGUUCAGGCAAUAGAUGGUUCUUCUGUUAGGAGCGGGGGUUUG